AUGGCCAAGCAAGUGAAAUCUGUGGGUGAGUUGGACAGGAUCAGUAGUUUGCCUGAUCCUAUUAUUUGUCACAUCAUGUACUUCCUCCCCACUAAAGAUGCAGUUCGAACAUCUAUUCUUUCACACAGAUGGAGGUUACUGUUUUUCCCCAAUCAGGUGAGUUUAGAAUGCCUUAACCUGCAUGAUCCUAGUCCUACUUCGCGAGAUAAUGAUUCUCUACGCCUCUAUGGUUGUCUAUCUGCUGUACUGUGGCGUGCUGUUAAGGAAAUCGUUAUAUCUUCUGAAUCUGAGAACUGCCCCUUAUUCCCCACUCUUCUCUUCACUAGCCAAUCACUGCAGACACUGAAAUUGAACAUCGAUGGCGAAAUGAAGGUUCCGACUAAUGCCUGUUUACCAAACUUCAAGACUCUACAUCUUACAAAUCUCGUAUUCCUAGAUGGUUCAAUUCUUAAGUUAAUUUCCAGUUGCCAUGUUCUAGAAGAUUUGUCUCUUGAUGAUAUGUAA